UCUCCUCGAGUCCCGCUCUCUCCCCACUUCCCUCGCCCUCCCCUCCCGUCACCCUUCCCCGACCCCACCCGAGCCCGGCCCUCGGCUGCCCCGGCCAUGGCGUGUGGAGCCACUCUGAAAAGGACUCUGGAUUUCGACCCGCUGCUGAGCCCGGCGUCCCCGAAGCGGAGGCGAUGUGCGCCAUUGUCGGCGCCCACCUCGGCUGCUGCCUCUCCGUCGUCGGCAGCCGCGACCGCUGCCGCCUCCUUUUCGGCUGCCGCCGCCUCGCCGCAGAAGUAUCUCCGAAUGGAGCCGUCCCCCUUUGGCGACGUCUCUUCCCGUCUCACCACAGAACAAAUUCUGUACAACAUAAAACAAGAGUAUAAACGCAUGCAGAAGAGAAGACAUUUAGAAACUAGUUUUCAACAGACAGAUCCAUGUUGUACUUCAGAGGCACAACCACAUGCAUUUCUCCUCAGUGGACCAGCUUCACCAGGGACUUCAUCUGCAACGUCCUCGCCAUUAAAAAAAGAACAGCCCUUAUUCACUCUACGGCAGGUUGGGAUGAUCUGUGAACGUUUGUUGAAAGAACGUGAAGAGAAAGUUCGAGAAGAGUAUGAAGAAAUAUUGAACACAAAACUUGCAGAACAAUAUGAUGCAUUUGUGAAGUUUACGCAUGAUCAAAUAAUGCGAAGAUAUGGAGAACAGCCUGCUAGUUAUGUUUCAUGAAUCACGUUUUCUGCAUUUGUGGGCUGCCUUGUUCCUUGUUGAGUUGUUGCAAGAGGUCCUAAUUAUGACAUGCAGCAAUGCCAAUACCCCCCUGUGAAUACAGGUUAUUUCAAGCUUUCGUCAGUGGCAACCACUCUUAGGCAGCAACUGGUUUCGGAUAUUUCCCUGAUGUCAGUACCAUCUGGAUGUGGACCUUUGCUACCUGUAUUAAUGCCAGUGGCCUCAUUUGCUGUAUCAUUACAAUUUGGCUUCUUAUAUUAAUAUGUUUGAAAAGGAUUAAAGCUGGUAUUCUAAGAACAUGCCCUUCACUGGUUGUGUAAAUAAAACUGUAGAAUGACACUUCAGAUGAAGUUAGUGUGAUUUUAAUUGUGCACUACAACCAAGCUGUAACCAGUUAUUAAUAAUCUAGAAUGUAUAAUCCCAGGACAUUAUUAUUGAAGGAGGGAGGGCAUUUCUGUAUUCCAGGACUUCUUGGGGUUUCAGAAUGGAUUUUUUUUUUUUUAAGUUUUCUUUCUUUUUUUUUUUUUUUUUUUUUUUUUUAAUUUGGUAGUUUUUAUUUAUUCUAUCAAUCGUUUUAACAAAUGUUUAUUGCUGCAUUUUUUUCCCCAGUGUGUCGUCGUUUUACUGCCCUUGUAGUACUGGAAUUUAGUUGGAAGAAUAAAACAUUUACUUCUAAUCUGCUUUAAUGUACAGAUGGGUAGUACUUGAAUAAAGCCAGUGUUUUAAAUGUAA